ACAGCAUAGAUCCCUUUCCGUUACUCGCGUUCGCGUAGCACCGAAGCGGCGCAAUGGUGGCGGUUUCCCUAGUUUUUUUUCCCGCCAUAAUGUCAUUUAUUUUCACUCUUGGCCAAUCCACUCCUCCGCUUCCUCCUCUCCACUCUCAAUCUCCAUGUGGAAAUCAGCAGGGGGUUAACUCCAUCUGCGAAUUGCAAGAAAUGAAGCUCCGGAUCACUCAAUUAGAAACUGUAAUGGAGGAAAUUGUCCAAAACUUUAAUGAAAAAUACCUUUAUCUGAAGCAGCGCGAGAAGCUAAUUGAGGAGUUUUCACAUAAGAUCCAUCAUCUGCAGUCUGUUUUGUACAGUAUUAAGGGUGACUCAUCACAUGCCAAUGAAAGGCUGGCUGCUCUAGAAGAGGAGGUACGACUUCUUUGGGCUGCUUCAAGAAAGAACAACUUUGAUCUUCAUACUUUAGAAUCCAAAGCUCAAGAUGCUGAAGACAGGUUGAAAGUGGUCAGUAAACAAGUUGAAAAGCUGGCUGACAUUGUUACAGAACAGUGGAUUCAAAUUCAGCAACUCGAGCAGGCUCUUCAAAUGGCAGAACUUCGGGCUUUGAAGGCUAAAAGGCAAGUAAACAUGAUGAGAUGCACAUUCUUAAAGUUCAUCAACAACCUCUUUGGCAAUCAUCUUGAAAAAGUUUUCGGGAUGCUGGACCCAUAUUUAUUUGGAAGAGGUUCUACUUUGAGUUCCUACAAGUCUCGAUUUCUGCAUCAGUUGAAAAGAAUGUGGUCAGCAGCUAAAGCCUAUCACCAUGAGUUACAAGGUUUCAUAAAACAAGAAAUGGAAAAAUAUGAGUUCACUGCAGCUCUUGCCAAUGAUGAAUUGGUAUUCUUUGUGGCUUCUGCUCUAAUAACCUUCCCGAUAAUGGGUGCUUGGAGGUUGGUCUCAUCACAAUUCUGCUAGUUGGGAAAAUUUUCCACGUGAAGUAGACAGAUUAUCCAGAUUGAUGAUAGCUAAAACAUAAAUUUGAUAACUACCUUUCUGGGCCAGGAUCGGUAUUAUUGUCACUGUCUCGUUUGUAACAAUAGAUAUAUACUACCAGAAUUUAAAUGUAACAGCUGUACAACUUGAGUCCAUUUUUGGAUUCUCUCUAUGAUAAUCCAAAGAGAUUGCAUGCCUGGUUUCUUGA